AUGAUGUCCAAGUCUGUCCCCGGAUCUACCUCCUGCUCGCUCUCCGGCUCGUUCUGCGGCUCUCCCGUGAAAAGCCCGCUUGUCCAGCUCGCAGCCGAGGACUCCACGUUGUCCAGUAGACAGAAAAUUUUGCUCACCUCGACACCGGCGUCCGCCCACGAGGACGCCCGCACGCGGUACUUUAUCACGGAGGACACCAAGUUCGAGUCCGGCUCGAGUGUGCCGCGCGCGAUGAUCGAUCUCGAUGACGUGUUCAUGAGCUCACGCGCGCCCGCCAGAAAAAGCAGCAGAACCAUGUCCGCUCCGGAACUGGAGAGCUUCCACAUACCCAAACACUCGCUGCUGUGCUCGCCAAAGAAGAAUGACGUCGCCAUCGCAGAGGAGAUCACAGAGGAGGACUUUGAGGACUCCGAACAGCUGCUCACCAAAAUCCCCACCCAGAACUCCGAGCUGUCGUCAACCAACUCCGGCAAGGGCACGCCGCUGCCGGCAGGAGUGCUGCUCAACGAUAACUGCUCGUCCAACUCGCUCAACUCGCAGAGUUCCAAUAAUUCGCUGCACAAAAGCCUAGCAAAUAUCAACACGCCAAGCGUCUCCAGCCUGCGGGGCAAGGUGAGAUACCAGUCCUAUUACAAUUCGCAGCAGAAAAUCAAUACCCAGGCCGCGUCCACACCAUCCAGUACGGCAACGGCAGAUUCUGACAGGUUUGGCCGUAAGCCUUGUCUGAUGGCGCCCUCCUCGUCGUCGUCGCCUUCCUCAGCCUUCCGCGGCGUGUCCAAGUCGCGCUCUCCGAUCCGCAACCUCAGAUACCAGACCCCGCCCCAAAAAAACCCGUUCCAGUUCGAGCCUAUCGUCUACGAGAUUCCCAAGUCGUUCCACAGAGACCACGGCUACACCGCCUCCAUGUCGAACCAGAGCGCUGCUAAGCUGGACGAGCCCGUGACAGAGAACAAGAUGGAGGCCCACAAGCGGUCGAACUCGUUGUUCAGCACUCUGUCGUCCAAGUUCCACCACCGGCGCAAAUCGUCACUGCUGUCCAUGAGGUCCACGCCACACAAGGCCUCCAUCAUCGAGAAGACUACCGACGAGGUUUUCGGUCUCCACGAAUACGCACACGCCAACGAGUCGACUCUGCUUUUCGACGACCAGACCUUGACUGAAGACGUCAUUGGCGAGCCGGGCCCCAUGAUCGAGGUGGUGGAGCCCCAGCCCAAGCCGGCGUUGGCCCGGCUCUCGAAAAACGGGCCGCUCAAAAAACACUCCAAAAGCCGAAGCACGAGCUUUAUCAAUUUUUCUAAUUACGAUUCUAAAAAAAGCGGAGCCACCGGGGCCAGUCGUUUUUUCAGUUGGAUGAUCAAGUCCAAUCGGGGCGAACGAGCCGCAGAUAAUUAA